CAGCAGAGGAGGGAGGAGCCGGCACGGGAGCGACAGACUCCACUGCCAUGCAGACCACGCAGACCUGGCGACUGCUCUGGCCACUGGUCUGGGCCGCGCUACAGCUGGGCUGGAGGCCAGGACGGCUGCUAGACCUGCCGGGCGCACCCCGUGGCCUCCUCACCUUCUCCCCUGCCCAGCUCACGGUGCCUGAGGGGGAGAACGCCACCUUCGUCUGCAGCUUCUCCAACACCACCGAGCGCUUCGUGCUGAACUGGUACCGCCUGAGCCCCAGCAACCAGACGGACAAGCUGGCCGCCUUCCCCGAGGACCGCAGCCAGCCGGGCCACGAUCGCCGCUUCCAUGUCACGCUGCUGCCAGGCGGGCGCGACUUCCUCAUGAGCAUCGUGGCCGCCCGGCGCAACGACAGCGGCACCUACCUCUGUGGUGCCAUCUCCCUGCCCCCCAAGAUCAACGAGAGCCCCCACGCAGAGCUCACGGUGACAGAGAGAGUCCUGGAGCCACCCACAGAGCACCCUAGCCCCUCGCCGGAGCCCCAGAGCCAGUCCCAAGGCCUGGUAGUGGGCGUCACGAGCACCCUGGUGGGCACCCUGCUGCUGCUGGCCUGGGUCCUGGCUGCCUCCUGCCUCAGGGCAGAGCGUGGUCCCCGAGGGCCCAGAGGAGCCAGCAGUCAGGACUCGCCCCCGAAGGAGGACCCCUCUGGCAUGCCUGCGGCCACUGUGGACUAUGGAGAGCUGGACUUCCAGUGGCGAGAGAAGACCCCAGAGCCCCCAGCCCCCGAUGCCCCUGAGCAGACAGAGUAUGCCACCAUCAUCUUCCCUGAGAGGCCAGCGGCCCCUUGCCCAGGCCGCAGGGGCUCCGCUGAUGGCCCUCUGGGUCCCCGGUCUCCACGGCCUGAGGACGGACACUGUUCUUGGCCCUUCUGACCAACUACCUGGCCGCCUGUGCCCUGCAGAACCUGCCCCGCAGUUUGGACUAGAGGGCAUGCGGAACGGGGCCCAAGGGCCAAGUGGCCCCCACCUCUGCAGCCCUGCUGGGUGGGCCUUCAAAGGACUCCCAAUAUCUUCUCAAGCCCAAACCAGUGGGCAUCCCUGGCCCACGAGGGGAAGAUGGGCACACAGGCCUUCGGCCACAGUGGAGCAGCUGGAGGCAGCCCCACUGUCCUGAAGCCACGGCUGCACCCAGGGCUUGUGCCUGGAGGGGCUCUGGAUAGAGACCCUCCUCAGAGCAGGCCCAGGGUUGCACACUGGACAUGGAGGCUGCACUACCCCUCAAGGGCACCAAGGCAGGGAGGGUAUGGUCUGGGGCUCCUCCAGAGGCCAUGUGCUCCCCACUGGGGCUUGGGGAGGCCUCAGUGAGGCAGGUAGCUCCUGGCUGCAGAGACCCUCCGGAGCCCCUGUCCUCACCCCUGCCAGGCUACAUGUGGCUCUCUGGGCAGCAGGGACCGAGGCAGGGGACAGGCAGGGCUAGAAGCCCCUUCACUGCCCAGCGGCCUGCAGCCCCAAGGGUCUCCAAGUCUGAGGGAAUGGCGAGGCUGGCAGCCCCUCCGCUGUGCCCCUGGCUGGGGGCAGGUCCAGGGCAGGCGCCUGGGCUGUGAUUUAGGUUAGGGAAGGUGGGGACCCUGGUUGGCGCCACUCACCAUGUUAUUUAAAGGAGCUUCACCAGGAGCAGGUCAAGUGGCACAGGCGUUCCUGGGCUGGGCACCAUGGCAAGGCCCAGCCCCUACCCAUCCUGGCCAUCAGGGAAGGCAGCCAGAGUUCAACCUGGUCCUGAUGGCGGCAUUCAGAACCCCCCCACUUUGGUUCUAGUUUAUUCUAAUUAAACAAGGAAUGCUUGGAGGAGUCUGUCCCAUAGCCGGUGUUGGGGAGCAGGCAGGGUCCUAGGCAGGGUUGUGGCCAGGCUGAGGCUAGAGACGAGGUUGCAGCUUCCAGGUCCUGCUCUCCAGUUCACAGGUACCCCAGACACCUGGGGUGGUGAGCUGUUCCAGAUAGAAUGAGGGGCCUGGGGCCCACAGGCAGAGGACUGUCACCUGUGGGUCUCCCCCACUCCCUGUUUAUGGGGCUGUCCCCAGAGACAGAAUCCACCAGACACACAGGUUCCAAGCGGCUGUGAACCACAAUGACAGACCCCUUCCCAGCCUGCCCACGGCUCUGGGGCCACAGCUGCCCACCGCCACCCAGCCCUGGAGCUUGUCCUGGCCUGCUAGCCUGACCCGGGCCUGAGCAAGGCGAGCUGCAGGUUCCCCUCGGAGGCACCGGACUGUGCCUGGAUCCCAGCGGGUCCCCUGGAAAUAGCCACAGGCACAGGGAGACCUGCUGGAGAAGCAGACGACGUUCAAACCCAGAGAGACGUACGUGGCUUUCGUACAUUCAAACAGCAACCAGGCAGAGCGGGCGGGGAAGGUUCCCUCGUCAGCAGCCACAGAUCAGUAAAAUGCCGAAGGCACACACUUGACAAGAAAUGUGUGAAACCCGCAGGGGGAGGGGACUCAGCAUGGCUUCGUCCCCAGGACACACGGUUCUUGGUCACCAUGGCAUCACAGAGGUGCCAGCUCUUCCCGCUCUGUUACAGUCGACACCAUACAGCGAAAACCCACAUUUCUAGAACUCUAAUGUCCACACAGGAACACAGCGACGCGGCUCCCGAGAUGGACACUCGGGACGGGAACACAAUGGGCCCCAGGACCCAACCGCAAGGGUGUCCCAUGAGGGUGUGGAGUUAGCCUUCGUCUCAAUGCAGCGAGAUGGCGUGCAGGCAGUGCCUAUGGGGGCUCCACAGCGGGAGCCUGAGGGUCUCCCCACCACACAGACACCCGGCGAGGAGCAAAGACUGACAGCAAGAAGCUU